AUGAAAGUCGUCAACCGUUGUCAAAAGAAGACUCAUUCGAUCAACGGAGAAACUGUCGCCCAAAAGGUCGACUGGACUCGUGAGCACCUUGAGAAGCAAACUUUAUCCGACACCGUCUCCUCUCAAGAUGGAAUUAUCGACACCAAGGGUCACGGCUUCAAGUUAAUCACCGGCAGAUGUACACACCAAGAAACUUCUACUCGCCAGACACAAGAGUCUCCGAAAAGACAGAACCUGACACCCAACUUCCCCGAAAAUCCAAGGAUGAUGGUCGACAAGAUGCGUCUACCAUAA